GCAAAGGGAGGGGCCAAGCAUAUCGGCUUUCCUCCUCUCCUUAGUGUCUCAGCACUUCGCUCGGUGGGGGAGGGGCAUACAGGCGCUCCUGUGUGCGCGUGGGUAUGCUUGCGUGUGUACGUAAGUGUGUGUGUGGGCAGUAAGGGGGUCAUUUUUUCUCCCUCAGGAGCGCUUUCUUCUCUAGAAAAAACAUUUCUCUUGGGACGCUUCUGGGCGCUUGGGAAAACCCCUUUUAUUUCAUAGCAGCUCCGUCGACUGCCUGUAGAUAAAAACAGAGGAAACAAACCCAGUAUCAACCCGCCCCCUUCCUUAAUGGCUGCUCUGGUAUUCUGCAAUGCAUGUUUCCAGAAGCCCCAAAGAGCCACUCAAAAGUUUUGCCUGACCAACUGUGGCCAUGUUAUCUGUGAACAGUGUCUCCAGAAAGGUAAAAAAGAUGAGUGUGUGAUUUGCAGAGCUCCUUGUCGUACAAUAGUCCUUUCGAAAAAGGUGAAUUCAGAUAUCCAGUCACUGUUUACGGGAAUUGAUGGAUUAUGCAGAAAAUAUUCUAAAGAAGUCACACAAAUUGCCCAAUUCCAGGAAAAACACAGAAGGCAGUUAUUGGCACACUACAGAGGAAAGAUUACAAAACUGGAAGGCUAUCUUAAGAAGGCAACACAACAAAUGCAGCAUAUACAACAGAGGGUUUCAUCAAUGGAAGUAGAUCAUGUGCCAUCUUUAAUGAGGAAAACUGAGACAGUGGCUGGACCCACAAGGAUAUCAUUGAUAAGCCCACCUCAGAAAGGGCAUAUGGGCAGUGUUACAUGCAGAAGUUCUCAAUUGUCUGGAAUGACUUCUUGUCAGAACAAUACAUCAGGGUCUGUAAGGUCAUCACCCUUCAGAAUGCCCAGUAGGAAGACUUCUUAUAUGUCACCAUUUGUAUCAUCACAAAAUAGUAGAGAUCACAUAUCAGAUGGUUUUGGACAAAGAACUACUCAGCAUUAUCGAUGUAUACCAACACCUUCACUCUCGUCAGUAACAAGACAUCCAAUUAGACUUGCUGAUCUUUUACAAAGACAACAUUUAGGAUCCACUGGGCUUACAGGACAUUCGUUACAUAAAUAGAUGUACUUGCAAACUCCAUUCAACACAGAGAACUAAACCACUGAAUAUUUUAAUUGUAUAUAAAAAGCAUAUAAAGAUUCAUACCACUGUACAAUAUCUAGUUUGAUUAAAAUGUUUAAGAUUG